AUGGCGGGCUGGGCGCCGCUGCUGCCGCCGGCGCUCCUGCUCGCCCUGCUUUGCGCCCGGCCGUGCCCCUGCGGCACCGCUCCGGCCUCCUCCUCACAGCCUGUGACCGCCCGCCUGGCGGCGAAGUGGCCGGCGACCCCGCUGCUGCUGGAGGCGAGUGAAUUUAUUGCAGAAGAUGGUAAUGAGAAGUUUUGGCAGUUCUUGGAAACUGUGCGAGAAUUAACGGUUUAUAAGCAAGGAGAUUCAGAGUACUCGUAUUACAAUUUAAUCUUGAAGAAAGCAGGACAAUUUUUAUCCAAUUUGCAAAUCAACCUCUUGAAGUUUGCACUUUCCAUACGGGCUUACUCUCCAACUGUUCAGAUGUUUCAGCAGAUUGCAGCUGAUGAACCUCCACCAGAAGGCUGCAGUGCAUUUGUGGUUAUCCAUGAGAAGCAUACCUGUAAGACUAAUGAAAUAAAAAAGCUGCUGAAGAAGGCUUCUAAGAGACCCAGGCCGUAUCUUUUUAAGGGAGACCAUAAAUUCCCAACUCUCAAAGAGGAUGGCCCAGUGGUUAUUCUAUAUGCAGAAGUGGGUACGAAAGACUUUGUCAAAUUCCACAAGAUUUUAUCUGAGAAGGCACAAAAGGAGGAAAUUGUUUAUGUUCUCCGGCAUUAUGUUCAGAAACCAAAUUCCAGGAAAAUGUAUUUAUCUGGAUAUGGUGUGGAACUUGCAAUAAAGAGUACAGAAUAUAAAGCAGUAGAUGACACGCAGGUUAAAGGAGCAAAUGAGACAAAAGAAGAGGAUGAUGAGGAAGAGGAGGAGGAAAGUGAUGUCCAAGGGUUUCUCUUUGGCAAAUUAAAACGGAUGCAUCCUGAUCUGAAAAACAAUCUGAUAGAGUUUAAAAAACAUCUAAUUGAAACUACUAACAACAUGGAACCACUGAAGGUUUGGGAGAUGCAGGAUCUUAGUUUUCAAGCAGCUACUCGAAUUAUGUCUACCCCUAUUUAUGAUGCCUUAAAGAUAAUGAAAGACAUCGCUCAGAACUUCCCAAUAAGAGCCAGAUCACUUACAAGAGUACUCGUAGACAAGAAAAUGCAAAAUGAGAUAGAAGAAAAUCAGAAGCAUUUCCAUGAAACACUUGGAAUUCAACCUGGAGAAGCACGUUUAUUUCUAAAUGGCCUUCAUAUUGACCUGGAUUUUCAAGAUCCCUUUAGCAUUUUAGAUACUCUUAAACUGGAAGGAAAAGUGAUGCAUGGCCUUCAUGAACUUGGAAUCAAAGGAGAGACCCUGAGUAAAUUUAUGAGGUUGCAUGUGCAUCCUACAGAUAAUAAUUAUGCACUAGAUAUUCGCCACUCUUCAAUAAUAUGGAUUAAUAAUAUAGAACAAGAUCACAGCUAUAGCACAUGGCCUGCAAGCUAUCAGGAACUGCUAAAACCCUCAUUUCCUGGAUUUUUACAUGAGAUUAGACGCAAUUUAUAUAAUUUGGUACUUUUUGUUGAUCCUGUCCAAGAAGAUACUGGUGAUUAUAUGAAGCUGGCAGAAUUAUUCUAUCAUCAUGAUGUACCACUUAGAAUUGGAAUUGUUUUUAUUCUAAGUACAAAAGAAGAAAUUGAUGGAAAUGAAGAUGCUGGAGUAGCUCUUUGGAGAACUUUUAAUUACAUUGCAGAGGAAUCUGACACCUCUCAGGCCUUUACAUCGAUAAUUAACAUGUACCAUGAGGUGAAAGAUGGAAAUGUUCUGACAGUAGAUGAUGUGAAACACGUUCUUAGGAGUGAGUAUCCCCGUGCUGAUGUUCAGAGUAUCCUGGAUGUUCAUUCUGAAUAUGAUGAAGGGAGGAAGGCAGGAGCAACCUUUUAUAAGAAGAGUGGCCUGGGCCCACUGCCUCAAGCGCUGUUUAAUGGCGUGCCCUUUCCCAGAGAGGAGAUGGAUGCGGCAGAGCUGGAGACGCUUAUCCUUCAGAGGAUUUUUGAUGCCACCGGCUUUUUCCAGCGGGCAGUGUUCAUGGGUUUGUUAGAUGAUCAUGUAAAUGCAGUGGAUUUUCUUAUGGAUCAGAACAAUGUAGUUUCCCGUAUAAACCCCCAUAUUCUUGGAGCAGAAAGAAGAUACAUACAUUUCAGAUCCGCUUCUGUUCCAUUUCAUGUGGAAGACUUCUCUACUUUCUCCUUUUUGGACUCACAAGAUAAAAGUGCUGUAAUUUCAGAUAAUAUGAAGUAUUUAACGAAAAAAGAUGAAGAUGCAUUGUAUGCUGUUACUGUCUGGAUUGUUGCUGAUUUUGAUAAGCCAGCUGGUAGACAACUGCUUUCUAAUGCCUUGAAAAGCCUGAAAACAAGUAGUCAUACACGAGUUGGGAUUUUGAACAAUCCUUCAUCAAAAAUAAAGGAAGAUAACACAGCCGUUGCAAGAGGAAUUUUGGCUGCUUUUUUAACCCAAAACAACAGCAACUUAAAAAGUUUCCUAAGUAAACUCAGUAAGGAAGAGACAGCAAAAUCCCUUUCUGCUGGAACUAAAAUUGUUAAAUUCCUCAUCCCAGGAAUGGAUGGCGAUACUUUGGAGAAGAAGUACAACACUUUAGGACUGGAUUUAAUUAAAACUCAACAGAUGUUCUGCCAGGAGGUUCUGAAGCUGCUUCCUGGGCAAAUGGCUGUUAUUAGCAAUGGCAGGGUACUGGGUCCUUUAGAUGAAAACGAAUUCUAUGUAGAAGACUUUAAUUUGUUGGAAAAGAUAACAUACAGUACCUCAGCAGAGAAGAUUAAAGCUAUAGUCAAGGAGAUGGGAAACAGUAGUAAAAGUGGCAGUGACUUGAUUAUGAAAAUAGACGCCCUGCUGUCAUCUUUGCCUAAAACAGAGCUGAGACAAGAUGUUGAAUUACUCAAAGAACAGCACAGUGUAGUAAAAUUUGAGCCCCAAGAGAAUGACCCAUUCUAUGACAUCAUUGCUAUUGUGGAUCCAUUGACAAGAGAAGCACAGAAGAUGACCCAUUUAUUGAUUGUACUCAAGGACAUUAUCAAUAUGAAACUCAGGUUAUUUUUGAACUGCAGAUCUAAGCUGUCCGAAGUGCCACUGAAGAGCUUCUAUCGUUUGGUUCUGGAACCAGAAUUAACUUAUGGAAUCAAUAAGCACCUUCCUUCUGAGCCUGUAGCAAAAUUCCUAGAAUUGCCAGAAUCACCUCUUUUGACCCUAAACAUGAUCACUCCUGAAAGCUGGUUGGUUGAAGCAGUAAACAGUUCCUGUGACCUUGAUAACAUUCAUUUGCAGGAAAUAAAAGGGGCAGUUACAGCAGAAUAUGAGCUGGAAUAUAUAUUGCUUGAAGGACAUUGCUUUGAUGUGACAACUGGCCAACCUCCUCGAGGGUUACAGUUCACUCUGGGCACAAAGAAGAAUCCUGUCAUGGUUGAUACUAUUGUGAUGGCCAACCUCGGGUAUUUUCAGCUGAAAGCGAAUCCAGGUGCUUGGAUGUUGCGAUUGCGUAAAGGAAGAUCUGAGGAGAUUUAUCAGGUUUUUUCCCAUGAAGGAACAGAUUCUGUAGCCGACCUGACAGACGUUAUUGUGGUAUUAAACAACUUCAGAAGCAAAAUUAUCAAAGUUCAAGUACAGAAAAAGCCUGAUAAAGUGAAUGAAGAGCUUCUUACAGAUGGAACAACAGGAAAAAAAGAAAAUGUGGAAUCAGUUGCAAGAUUUUCAGAAGAAAUUCCAUCUGAUGAGAAGGAAAAGAAAAGUGAUAUUCUUAACAUUUUUUCUGUUGCUUCAGGCCAUUUAUAUGAACGUUUUUUAAGAAUUAUGAUGCUUUCUGUCCUACGUCAUACAAAAACACCAGUUAAAUUUUGGUUUCUGAAAAACUAUCUCUCCCCAACAUUUAAGGGUGUAAUUCCUUACAUGGCUAAAAAGUAUGGGUUCAAGUAUGAGUUGGUCCAGUAUAAGUGGCCCCGUUGGCUUUAUCAACAGACAGAAAAACAAAGAAUUAUCUGGGGCUACAAAAUUCUUUUCUUGGAUGUUCUUUUCCCUUUGGCUGUGGAUAAAAUAAUAUUUGUCGAUGCUGACCAGAUUGUGAGGAGUGACCUGAAAGAGCUCAGAGACCUAGACCUGAAUGGAGCUCCCUAUGGAUACACUCCUUUCUGUGACAGCCGCAGAGAGAUGGACGGGUACCGCUUCUGGAAAUCGGGAUACUGGGCUUCACACCUCGGGAAAAGGAAAUACCAUAUUAGUGCCUUAUAUGUUGUGGACCUGAAGAAGUUCAGGAAGAUUGCAGCUGGAGACAGGCUUCGGGGCCAGUACCAGGCUCUUAGUCAGGAUCCAAACAGUCUGUCAAAUCUAGAUCAGGAUCUUCCCAAUAAUAUGAUUCAUCAAGUAGCCAUUAAGUCUCUCCCUCAGGAGUGGCUUUGGUGUGAAACCUGGUGUGAUGAUAAAUCCAAGAAAAAGGCUAAAACAAUAGACCUGUGCAACAACCCCCAGACCAAAGAACCAAAACUAAAGGCUGCUGCCCGGAUAGUUCCUGAAUGGGUUGAUUAUGACUCUGAGAUCCGAAAUUUAAUACAGCAAAUUGAAAGAGAGAAGAAAAAUCUAACAUCAUUAUUUCAAAAAGGGCUCAAGCACGAUGAACUUUAGCACAGCCUGUGACCAGAAAUGGUGACAGCUCCAGAGUCUUCUGGGAAGGACUGAACAGAAUUUACAGCUGUUAUGUUGGCACUAUUUGCAGCCUUCUUUAAUGUGAAGUCAAAUAUUUUAUAACUUAAAGUGUUAUUUUAAACAUUUAAAAUGCAAUACAAAAAUAAGAAAUCCACAGGUAUUUGGGGGUUUGGGAUUUCUUAACCGGUAUGGAGUAGCUUUCCCAACAGCUUUGCUUUUGUUUUCCUUCUUUAAAGUACAGUUUGCCCAGAGGACUUUGGAAUGUGAAGAAAGAUGUGUUCGGUAUUGUCAGUCCAGGGGAGGACACACACAUUAAAUAUGUACUUGAAAACUUGUGCAUAUUCCAUGCACUAGGGUACUGUAUUUAAAUAUCAAAUAUUUUGGUUCUAUGUCCAUAGUUUUGUCCCUUAAGAAAUGCUGUGGUCACAAGAAAGAAUUUCAUAAAAAAGGUCUAAUUUAGACCACACAAAUGUAACUCCAUGUGGAAGCUAAAGCAAGGAAUGACACUCUUCAUUUAUUAUGCAGAAUUGCUGCAAUUUUAGAGAUUUUUUUUAAACUAAUUUUUCAUUCUUAGGCUCCUUUUGGCCAUUUAAAUGUGUGUGAUAAAAUUCCAUUAUGGUUUUGGUUGAGGUGAUUUUCCGACCAGCAUACAUUUCAUCAGAAGGUCAGUACCUGAAAGCUGCUUCUUCUCACUUUUGAUUAUCAUCAUCCUGUUUAUAACUGAAAAGAAAAUAAUAAAAUACUUGAGUAUUUUUUGUCUAUCA